ACUGAGUUCUGCAGUCGGUUUCGUCGACUGAAUCAGAUUUCAACCUUUCGUUUCCAUACAGCGCAUAAAUCUAAGAUUCAGCGGUGCGAUGGCAAAUGAAGCGAAGCCCUGUCCGUGUGAUAUCGGGGACAAGAUUGAAUAUGGAGGUGUUGGAGAGGAAGUUCAAAUCGAGCACAUUAAAGCGUAUGUGGUGAAGCCUCCAGCAUCAGAGAAGGCCAUUAUUGUAAUUCAAGACAUUUAUGGAUGGCAACUUCCAAACACCAGAUACAUGGCGGAUAUGCUCUCAUCCAACGGAUACAUUGCUAUAUGUCCUGAUUUCUUUGUUGGGAAAGAGCCUUGGAGCCCAUCUCACGACUGGUCAACAUUUCCGCAAUGGCUUGAAGACAAAAAGCCUACAGAGAUCAAGAAGGAAGUAGAUGUUGUGUUGAAGUACCUGAAGGAUCAGUGCGGUGUGAAGCGGAUAGGUGUUGUGGGCUUUUGCUGGGGUGGCGUUUCCACACACUACAUUGCUCUUCAGUAUGAAGAAAUCAAAGCUGGCGUCUCCGUCUAUGGUAUUGUUCGAGAACGAGAAGACAGGUUUGAUCUGAAGAGUCCAACACUUUUCAUCUUUGCAGAAAAUGAUGCAGUCAUCCCACUAGAUCAGGUGACGACACUAGAGACAAGACUGAAGGAAAAGUGCACUGCUGACUUCCAAGUGAAAAUCUUCCCCAAACAGACACAUGGCUUUGUCCAUCGCAAGAGAGAAGACAUCAACCCUGACGACAAACCCUACAUAGAGGAAGCAAGGAAGGAUAUGAUCAACUGGUUGAACAAGUACAUGUAAAUUGCAGGUGAAAGUUAAGUGAUAAAAAUCAGUUGACUACCCCAGAAAGCUUUUGCACGUCUGUAUUUGAGCUAAGACGCUAAUUAAAAUGACAAACAGGACACUAAUUUGAAAACAAAAGUUUAAUGAUCACUUCGUUACGACAAUGAACUGUAACAAAUGAUAAAUAACAGUACGAAGGUUCGACACAUUCCUUUAGAAGUGCUUGAGACCGUUCAUUUCAACACUGCUACAGGACGCUCAGUCUUCAGGCUCGCCGGGGCCUCUGAUGUCAUCAAUCUUCAGAAUCAUCUUUACAACUUGAGUGGCCAGAGAGAUCUGCUGCUUCUUCCCGAUAAGGGUCUCGAUUACAUGCUGCUGCUUCAUGUCUGCAAAAACCAAAAGUCUUUUUUUAAUGUCAAAUAUAAUAAAUCAAUUUAUCAAUUUAAAACUCGUCAGAUAAAUGCAAUUAUUUAUAUUAUUGGCAAAAGUUUAAACUAGAACACACAGCAAUUUUGGGAUAAAGUGCAUCACUUUCUCUACAAAGAUAUUACGUCACAAAGGUUUCUCAAUGAUAAUAGAAAAUAUUUCACCAAUGUUGUACAUAACUGUACAUUGUACAUAAAUAUUAGAUUCAAAUUUAAAAGAUGAUGUCUAUUCUGAUUUUUGUACACAAAACUCAUUCAUCAUGCGUAAUUCCCUUCCAUUUUAUUGUUUGCUUAUUUACAAUAAAUCACUAAUUUACAAUAAAAAGUCCAUACCAUUCGUUGA